AUUAUAACUCAAAUCUCAUUUUUUCAAUAUUUAUACAAUUCUCAAAAUUCAUUAAUCACUCUAAAUAAUGGCAACAUCCACAACAACAUCAACUUCUUUUCUUUCAUCUUCUCCAUUUUCAUCGAGACGAAAAUCAUCUUCAUCAUCACGAAAUUCGAGGACAACGAUAUUGGCAAUGGGGAGAGAAGCUCAAGAUCGAAACUACUAUAAUUGUCGUAGUGUAGAUGAGAACUUAAUUAUUCUACGUAAGAGAAUUCAUGAGAUGAAAAUGAUCGAAAGAAAUUACGAGCCUCCGUCUGAUUGGAUGGAUUGGGAAAAGAGUAUAUAUGCUAAUUACGAUGCAAAUAUUUGUCAAGCAUUGGGAUUGUUGCAAUCUCAAUUAAUGGAUACAAGACCUAGUUUGGUUUUGGGCAUGGCUGCACUUAUUGGAUUAAGUGUACCAAUUUCAACUAUUGUGAUCUUGUUUCAUUUGAUUGAGUUAACCAAGGGAAUUUUAGCUUGAUAAUAUAUUAUUUUUAAAAGAUAUUUAUGUAACAGUUAAAAUAUUGUCUGUUUUUAUUUGAUCCAAAUAGCUAGAGUUAGCUUUAA